CGCCUAUGCAUUCAACAUAAACAGGACUUGGUAUGCGCUAUGCUGAUGAUCGUGUGAUGAGGAGGUUAGUGACGUCUGGCCUUAACAUCAAAAUCAAAGACUUGGUCUCUAAAGGAUUAUAUCAUCAAACCCUUCAAGUCUACAAAGACGAACUCCAUUCUUAUGGCCUCCGCGCAAACACCUCCAUCCUUCCUUCAAUCAUCAAAGCUUGCUCCUCCCACCAUGGCCAUGGACUUGGGCUUCAACUUCACUGCAUGUCUCUCAAGUCAGGCUCCAACUCAGACUCCGUCGUAUCCAAUUCUCUCAUUUCCUUGUAUGCCAAACUUGCACUUGUCGGAGCAGCACGUCAGGUGUUUGAUGAAAUGCCUGAAAGAGACGUCAUCACCUGGAAUUCCAUCAUAAAUUGCUAUAUACAAAACGGGCAUCUCAAGAAUGCACUUGAUGUGCUUAAACAAAUGUAUUUCAACGGUUUUACUCUGAAAUCGGAGCUGAUUGCCAGCAUUGUAUCAGUUUGUGCAAGGACAAGAAAGUAUAGACUAGCAAGACAGAUUCAUGGCCUUGUUGUUGCUGAUCACAAGAUUAAUGAGGAGUCGGUGUUCUUUUCAACGGCUCUGCUUGAUUUGUAUAUGAGGUGUCAUCAAACUUCAAUGGCCUUCCACGUCUUCUAUAACAUGGAAGUAAAAAAUGAAGUGUCUUGGACCGCCAUGAUCUCGGGAUGCAUUGCUAAUCACAGCUAUGGAAUGGCAAUAAAUUGCUUCCGGGAAAUGCAGGUUCAGGGAUUGAAACCCAAUCGGGUGACCAUACUUGCCAUCUUACCAGCUUGCACCGAGCUGGGAAACAUAAGAUGUGGUAAAGAACUUCAUGCCUAUAGUUUCCGUCAUGCGUUUGAAUCAGACCCCCAUUGCUCAGCAGCAUUCAUACACAUGUAUUGCAAGUGCGGGAAAUUUUUGCGUCCUGCCAAACUAAUAUUCGACAAGGUUUCUCUUAAAGAUGUUGUCAUGUGGAGUUCGAUGAUUGGGAGUUAUUCUGAAUGUGGAGAUAGCGUGAAAGCUUUAAAGCUUUUUAGCCAAAUGCGAGCUGAAGGAGUUGAUCCUAACUCUGUAACAAUACUGGCCAUCAUCUCUGCUUGCACUUCACUUUCUUCCCUACAGAUCGGAUGUGGAGUCCAUAGCUAUGUCUUGAAAUCUGGGUUGAAUUCUGACGUUUUCACUGGGAAUGCACUUAUAAAUAUGUAUGCCAAGUGUGGUUGUCUCAUGGAUUCAUAUGAAAUUUUCAAGGAGAUGCCAAGUACAGAUUCUGUCUCGUGGAGCACAAUGAUUGAAAGCUAUGGCCUUUAUGGUUGUGGUAAUGAAGCUCUGAAACUCUUUCUUGAGAUGCAAGAUAGACGGAUAGAGACUGAUGCGAUCUCUUUCCUCUCAAUUUUAUCUGCUUGUAACCACGCUGGCCUGGUGGAAGAAGGCAAGAAGAUCUUCAAACAGAUGCUAGACGAUAGUAGAAUAACAUUAAAUGUAGAGCAUUAUGCUUGCUAUGUUAAUCUUCUUGGAAAGUUUGGAAAGCUCGAAGAUGCUUGUGAGAUUGUAAGAUCAAUGCCCAUGAAACCAAGUAGUAGAAUUUGGAGUUCUUUGGUCACAGCUUGCAGGGCUCACGGAAGGUUUGAAAUGGCUGAAUCCUUGGCGCAUCGUCUUGUUAGAAAGGAGCCUCAGAAUGCUGCCAACUAUACCUUACUGAGCAUGGUUCAUGCUGAAGCUGGUAACUGGUCUGGCGUGGAGGGCGUGAGGAGAGCUAUGAGAGUACAAAAAUUAAGGAAAUGCUAUGGACUUAGCAGGAUAUAGCUGAUAUAAUGAUCAACUGAUCAUCAGCUUGUAAGGUCAACAUCAUUAAAGAAAUA